AUGGCCUGGCCCAUUGAGGAUCCCAGCUCGUGGAACGGGAACCGUCGACUUCAACGUACUUUUGGCUACUAUCCAAACAAUCCUUCUCUCCAUCCUACACCGGGCCUAGUGACUCCAGUCCAGGUCCCAAGUACCGGUUGGAGUGCAUCUUUUGCCACGGAACCCCGACAAGGCUUCUCUACGGUCGGCGAGGCAGCUCCAAGCUUGAGCGCUUACGCACAAGCCGGUGCGGUAGGCGUAGCAAAUGUACUGGACCCCUGGGAAGUACAUACUCAGGGCAAGGAUCUGAGUGGUGCCAUGCCAUCCAGCGUGCCCCCACGUAUACUUCACCACACCGUUAACAGUCCCCCUAACAGUGAGGCCGGCUUCCCACCCCAUGCUCGGACAUCUCACAACCCGGGCAGACAUCACGGUUAUGUCGAGGCGGAUGAGCCACGUCGAGCCCUUCAGUAUACCCCAGCCAUAGACAACCACCAUGUAGUUAGCGGCUCCAGUAGCCCGCACGACAAUGCCAAUGUCGGUGUCAACGCCACCGGCACCAUCUUUCACUGCAAGUGGGAUAACUGCGAUUAUACUGGUACAUUCAAUCGGGAAUCUUCUCUUAUUCGUCACCUUCGGCAUAUACAUUGGAAUCCUGGUGCUCAUCCCUGCGCGGUUCCAGGCUGCGACAAGGUCUGUAACCGUGCAGAUACUCUUUCGCAGCACCUGCGCAACUUCCAUCAUAUGGUUUAA